UUCUUUCUCCUCAACCCAUCGUCACAGCCCAUCCACCCAUUGCUUCGCCUCCGCGUUACGGUUACGCCCUUUUCAGGAAUAGUUCCUUUCUCCCUCUUUCGUAGCAUCGUCCCUUUCCAAUUCGUUCCUUAGAUUGAAGUGUUUUUGGAACAUAAAUAUAUGGGAUACCGUUUGGCAUGAUAUGAGGAGAAAGUUCAACGAACAACAAACUCCCGUUUAGGAAUCGAUUUGCAGAGCACCGGCGGUGAGAACAUGAGGAUCGAGGUGAAGCAGUCGACAAUAGUACGGCCGGCGGAGGAGACGCCGAUGCGGCGGCUGUGGAUCUCGAACGUCGACCUGGUGAUUGUGAACCACCACUCGCGCCUCGUCUACUUCUACCGUCCGACCGGCGCCGCCAACUUCUUCGACGCGCAGGUGAUGAAGGACGCUCUGAGCAGAGCUCUGGUGCCGUUCUAUCCAUUGGCCGGACGGCUAGGUAGGGACGACGACGACCGCAUCGAGAUCGACUGCAACGCCGAGGGCGUCCUGUUCGUCGAGGCCGGUUCCGACGCCUCCAUUGAUGAUUUCGGCGACUUCGCCCCCACUCUGGAGCUCAGUAGCCUCGUUCCGGCGGUUGACUAUUCCAAAGGCAUCUCAUCCUUUCCCCUUCUCGUUUUGCAGGUGACAUAUUUCAAAUGUGGGGGAGCAUCGCUUGGUGUGGGAACGCAACACCGUGUGGUCGAUGGAACUUCCGCCUUUCACUUUAUCAACACAUGGUCCGACAUGGCUCGCGGUCUCGACCUCACAAUCCCACCAUUCAUCGACCGGACCCUCCUUCGCGCGCGCGACCCUCCCCAGCCUGCUUUUGAUCACAUCGAGUACCAGCCGCCUCCCGCCAUGAAAACUUCUCCCCAGCAAUCUGAAUCUGAGCCUGAGACAACAGUUUCCAUUUUCAAAUUGAGCAGGGACCAGCUCAACGCUCUCAAGGCCAAGUCCAAAGAAGAUGGCAGCACGGUCAGCUACAGCUCGUACGAAAUUCUGGCAGGCCAUGUGUGGCGCAGCGUGUGCAAAGGCCGGGGUCUGACAGAUGACCAAGAAACCAAGCUGUACAUCGCAACAAAUGGAAGGGCCAGGCUUAAACAACCCACGCUGCCGGAGGGCUACUUUGGCAACGUGAUUUUUUCGGCCACCCCAAUUGCCUUAGCCGGGGAUCUCCAGGGGAAGCCCACUUGGUACGCGGCCAACAGAAUUCACGACGCAUUGGUGCGGAUGGAUGACGAGUACCUCAACUCAGCUCUCGACUACUUGGAGCUGCAGCCGGACUUGAAGUCUCUGGUUCGAGGAGCCCACACAUACAGGUGCCCCAAUCUGGGGCUAAACAGCUGGGUUAGGCUGCCUAUUCACGACGCAGACUUCGGGUGGGGACGCCCCAUAUUCAUGGGGCCUGGUGGGAUUGCCUACGAAGGGCUGGCAUAUGUAUUGCCAAGCCCAAACAAGGAUGGAAGCCUGUCUGUGGUCAUCUGCCUGCAGACUCAACACAUGAAACGCUUUGAGAAGUUUUUGUAUGACAUAUUGAUGUUUCACUCUUGUAUUUAGUUUUGAUGAUAAAAAAUAAUAUUUGAUUUUAAUUU